AUGCAGCAGCAGCAGCAGCAACACCACCGACCAUGGAAAUUAUCACAAAGUUUGCUUAGUACUCUGAUCCCACAAAGCAAAGGCAAUCAGUGUGGGAUAGCAGGUGCUACGCUUAGUGCUGCUGCUCCAGCUGCGCAGCCUGCCUUUCCUGGGACAAUUUGGAAGAAAAGCUUCCAGCCCUCCAGCGAACAGGAGCAGCAACAGCAGCAGCAGAAGCCAAAUUGCACCUGUGCAACGCAUAUCGAACACCUUCCAAAGCACCAAAGCUCAGUCAGCACAGAUGAGUCCCCGGAGCAGGAAUGCAAGCAGCACGUGGUUGUGCACUAA